GCAACUGGCCUGAAACUGCAGUUGUGAAAGUGUUGUUGCUCUAAAACUGUGGCUUCUGAACUGCGUUGGAAAUUGCGUGCACGCCACGCAGCAUUACGCUAAAUUACGCAUAAUGUAUCCGCGUUGUAGCUCCGUAUAAACCGAAAGCGAAAGUUUUUGAGUACGAUAGAAAACAGCUUCGUAUCAGUAUACAACGCCUGUUGUUUCUCCCGACUAUAAAAAAUUGAACUACCGUUAAACGCCGAAUGAAUGAAAACGAGCUGUUCAAUUACUUUGAAUCAUGGCUGCAACUAAAGGGAGACACAUCAUAUACCGAAGUGGGUUUUUAUGUGUAUGGUUUUAUGUUUUUUUAGUCUGCUACGGUGUGCCUAAUAAUGUCAUAAACAAGCACAUAUUUCCUUGGGACAAAAUGAGACUUCCGAGUAAUGUCCUCCCAAACCACUAUGAUCUGAGCAUUCACCCGAAUCUUACGACUCUCCACUUCACCGGAACGGUUAAGAUCGAAGUGGAUGUCAAGCAAGACACGAGUUACAUAGUUCUGCACAGCAAAGAUUUGAAUGUUACACUGGCAAAGAUUGUACUAGAGGACGAUCCGAAGGACGGGAUCACGAUGCAGACCCUUACGGUCCUGGAGCAUCUACAACACGAGCAGAUUGCCCUGCUGGCCCACGACAUACUACGCGGUGGCAAGAAGUAUCAGCUUCACAUCGAGUUUCACGCACAUUUGGCGGAUGGCUUCGAUGGUUUUUAUAAAAGCAGCUAUCGGACCCAAAACGGUGAAAAGAGGAUACUUGCCGCGACCGACUUCGAACCUACUGCAGCGAGGAUGGCUUUCCCUUGUUUCGAUGAGCCGCAGCAUAAAGCCACAUUUACUAUUAGCAUAAAGCGGGAAGAGAGAUAUAUCGCACUCUCAAAUAUGCCAAAGAUCCGAACAUUUGAGCUUGGUAAUGGUCUAGUGGAGGAUCACUUUGCCCAAAGUGUGAGAAUGAGCACCUAUCUGGUGGCAUAUGUAGUGUGCGAUUUCAGAUCUGUCACAGCCAACACAUCCUCAGGAGUAAAGGUUUCAGUGUAUGCAGUUCCCGAGAAGUGGGAUCAAACUCACCAUGCACUUGAAGUUGCAGUAAAACUGCUGGAAUUCUAUGAGAGUUAUUUUGGCAUUAGUUACCCACUGCCAAAACAAGACCUCAUAGCCAUACCAGAUUUCCAGUCAGGGGCUAUGGAAAACUGGGGCUUAAUUACUUACAGAGAGACUGCCCUCCUGUACGAUCCGCAGACAUCAUCUGCCCAGGACAAGAUGGAGAUUACCAGAAUCAUAGGGCAUGAGCUAGCUCAUCAGUGGUUUGGCAAUCUGGUGACAAUGGAUUGGUGGAACGACAUCUGGCUGAAUGAGGGCUUUGCCAGGUACAUGGAGAAGGUGUCGCUCAACACCACCUAUCCUGAUAUUCCAGUGGAUGAUUAUUUCUUAAAUGUUUGUUUUGGAGCCAUCUCCAAUGAUUGUCUCAACUCCUCACACCCCAUCUCUAACCCAGCUGAAACUCCAGUGCAGAUUAUGGAGAUGUUUGACACGGUCUCCUAUGACAAGGGUGCGUGUAUCCUAAACAUGCUAAGAGACUUCCUGUCUGAGGAGGUGUUCAGGAGUGGAAUCACACGCUACCUAAAGCUGUACAGCUACCAAAAUGCCAAAAGCAAUGACCUGUGGAACUCCAUAGCAAAUACUUCCUUUGCAGACACUCUUGCCGCGACAGAGUUUUGCUACACUUCCUCCCAAGCUGAAAGGACAGCUCACCGCUACACAUGUUCACAGACCCCAGACAUCAGGAGUAUGAUGGACACCUGGACCAAGCAGAUGGGUUUACCUCUGAUUACAGUGGAGAGGGAAGGGCAGCUGGUCCGAAUCCGACAGGACAGGUUCUUGAAGGGAGUGCUUGAGGAUGACUCGGAGUACCCUGCUCUGCAGUCAGGAUACCUGUGGCAUGUUCCUCUCACCUACAUAACCAGCGGAUCCCAGAGAGUGUGGAGACAUUUACUGAAGACAAAGACUGACACAAUUCGUAUGCAAGGAGAAGUGAGCUGGAUAAAAUUCAACGUCGACAUGAAUGGGUAUUACAUGGUGCACUAUGGAGACAGAGGGUGGGAUGAGCUGAUUUCCCUGCUGGAACAUGACUAUUCUGCACUGAGCAGCAAGGACAGGACAAACCUCAUCCACAAUGCCCUUCAGCUUGUCAGUGCUGGAAAGCUGUCAUUGGACAGAGCCUUGGACCUAACUCGCUAUCUGAGGAAGGAGACUGACAACAUGCCACUGCUGCAGGGCAUCGCAUACCUCAAUGUGCUUCACUGGAUGAUGGAGAAAAUGGGAAUCCUGGAAACAGCAGGAAAGCUAAAGAAUUAUAUACUUUGGUACUUCAAGGAUGUCAUAGAUAAACAGACAUGGAGCGAUGAUGGCUCUCUGUCUGAGAGGAAGGUUCGAGCUGAACUUCUGGAGUUGGCCUGUACCCUUGAAUACCCUCAGUGUGUUGAAAGGGCCUCCAAGAUCUUUAGUGAAUGGGUUUCUUCAAAUGGAGCCAAGAGUGUGCCCACGGUUGUCCUGAGACCAGUGUACCUUGUGGGAGCCCAGCAAACACCCAACUGGAAUUUCCUCCUUCAGGUUUACAGCCAAACACUGUCCUCUGCUGAGAAAAAAAAGAUUCUGUUUGCACUGACUUGCAGCAAAGACCUUGAGAAGCUCAAUAAAUUGAUUGACCUGGCUAUGGAAGGGGAGGCAAUCAAAACACAGGACCUUCCUGCACUGAUUGCUGCCAUCGCUAGAAACCCUGCCGGACACACGCUGGCUUGGAAUUUUGUCCAGAAAAACUGGAAAAAGCUGUUGGAGAAAUUUCAUUUGGGGUCAUCGUCUAUAAGAAGGAUCCUCACAGGAACCAUGUCUAGUUUUGCUUCAGAAAAGGAGCUGGAGCAGGCAAAAGCACUGUUUGACCUGCUAAAAUCCCAGGGACAUGAAUUAAAGGUGACAGAAGUCAUACUGGAAACAAUCCAGAAGAAUAUCCGAUGGGCAGAGAGGAAUCUGCAUGUCCUGGAUGAAUGGCUAGAAAAAAAUUCUCCACAACGCUCAACUGUGUUUUAAAACUGCUUUUGAAUAUAAAUACAUUUAUUGAAAUGUGUGUGAGCUUGAUAUAAAUGUACGACUCCAUGACAAUACGAUUUUCUAAGAAUGCAAGUAAAAUAUUUAAUACCACA